GUAUUUUCGAAAAUAGGAAAAAUUCAAAAAUUUUUAAUCAAUCAAAUAUAAAAAUAACAUUUUCUUCUACACCAAAACCCACUAUUAGUUUGGUGAUUAGUCUAUUAAAUCUUUGAAUCACCACUGUAACAAAAAACCCUCCACCCUUGUUCUCUAGCUCUGACAUUUUCAAUGGCUAUUACCUAUCAAUCUCCCAUCAAAUUCAACAAUUUCAGCCCCAUUUCUCCUUCUUACCCCAUUUCCAACAACUUCAUAAAUCUCAAAUUCCGAUUUUGCCCUUCCCCCGUCUCUUCAAAAACCCAUACCCAUAUCACCAUUCCCGAACCCGAGCCCGUUUUCACUUCCGUCAAAUCCUUCGCCCCCGCCACGAUCGCCAAUCUCGGUCCUGGCUUCGACUUCCUCGGUUGUGCAGUCGAUGGUAUAGGAGACUUUAUCACGCUUAAAAUUGACCCGAAUGUUAGACCUGGACAACUGUUGAUUUCUAAUAUUAAUGGAGACAAUGGAAGGUUGACUAAAGAUCCGUUGCAUAACUGUGCUGGAAUUGCUGCUUUUUGUGUUAUGAAGAUGUUGAAUGUGCAGUCUGUUGGUCUUUCGAUUUCCCUUGAGAAAGGGUUGCCGUUGGGUAGUGGACUUGGGUCUAGUGCUGCUAGUGCUGCUGCGGCUGCCGUGGCGGUGAAUGAGAUUUUUGGUAGGAAAUUGAGUGUUGAUCAGCUUGUUCUUGCUGGGUUGGAGUCGGAAACGAAGGUUUCGGGUUAUCAUGCUGAUAAUAUAGCGCCUUCGAUAAUGGGGGGAUUUGUUUUGGUGAGGAGUUAUGAUCCGUUGGAGUUGAUUCCGUUGAAGUUUCCGUAUGAUAAGGAUUUGUUCUUCGUGCUUGUGAAUCCUGAGUUUGAGGCUCCAACGAAGAAGAUGAGGGCCGCAUUGCCACCUGAGGUGACAAUGUCGCAUCAUAUAUGGAAUUGUAGUCAGGCGGGGGCGUUGGUGGCAGCUAUACUGCAAGGGGAUUCGAGGGGGUUAGGGAAGGCGUUGUCGUCUGAUAAGAUUGUGGAGCCGAGGAGGGGGCCAUUGAUACCGGGGAUGGAGGGAGUGAAGAAGGCGGCAUUGGAGGCUGGGGCGUUUGGUUGUACGAUAAGUGGAGCGGGACCUACUUUGGUGGCGGUGACGGAUGAGGAGGAGAAAGGGAGAGAGAUUGGUGAGAGAAUGGUGGAGGCGUUUAUGAAGGAAGGGAAUUUGAAAGCUUUGGCUAUGGUGAAGAAGCUUGAUCCGGUUGGUGCUCGGCUUGUUAGUAGCAAUCUAAGAUGAUCGACGGAUCCAUCAAUCAAUCAAUCAACUACGCCUCAAUUCCAAACGAGUUUGGUAUUAGUUGUAUGAAUCCUAUAUAUCUUUUUGCUAUGUGAAUUCAUCAUGCUAUGUGAGAUGAUAUGUAGGAAUUUGUAUGCAUUUAGUUGUCCAAGCUUCUUUCACGUAGUUUUUUCAAAUAGGUUUUGAAAUGGUUUUCUUGAACCUCUUUGCCUCAGCUCCCCAGACCCCACUUGUGAGAUGACACUUAGCAUGUUGUAGUUGUUUCAGAAUUUACCUAAUUACUCAUCAAAUAAAACAGUUUGAAGUUGCCAUUUUGACAUGGCUUACUUGUCAA